AUGUGUACUAACAUACGUAGUGUAAAUGCAAAUUUUGAUGAACUACUGUUAUAUUUAGAAAAUGACAUUAAUUAUAAAAAAAUAGACAUUCUCAUAUUAACUGAAACAUGGCAUAGUGUGGAGAACUGCGUGUUUACAAUACCUGGUUAUAAUACAUACUAUUCAUCCACUAAACGAAACCAAAAUGAUGGAGUAAUAGUAUUCGUGAAAUGUGAUUUACCGGUAAUUUUAUAUGAAUUUGGUUCUGUUGAUAGCAACAUCUUAAAAUUGUCACUAUGUAUUAAUAAUACGCCUUUGGUAUUUUACUGCGUUUACCGAUCGCCUGCUAGCAACACUAAUGAUUUUAUCGUAAACUUACGAAAUAUAUUUGAUAAAGAAAAUACAGAUAAGGGCUAUAACUUCUUAAUUGGAGAUAUGAACAUAAAUAUUAUAGAGAAUAUAAAUAAUGAUUAUCUUGACAUGUUAGCCGAACACGGUUAUAAGUCAUAUAUAAACAUAUAUACUAGAUUACCUCUAAAAGGAAAUUACUCGUGUUUAGAUCAUAUUUUUAUUAAAACUCAACAAUCUAAUUUAAAUCUAAUUGAAGCAGGUGUUAUACAAUCACAUAUCACUGACCAUUUCUCUAUUUUUGCAGCAGUACCAAUUUCUAAUCAUGUUAGUUCUGAUAAUACACUUAUUAAAAAGAGUGUCAACUACGACCUCUUAUGCAGUUUAUUAAGUAAAGAAAAUUGGUCUGUUUUGAAUAGUACAUUAAAUAUUAACGAACAAAUUGAUAUAUUUUAUGCAAAGCUAUUAAAGCAUAUUGAAAACUCUAGCUACGAAAUUAAGCUUAAUUCUAAAAAUAAAUUCAUUAAAGAAUGGAUGACAAAGGGACUGUUAAUUUCGGCUCGUCGUAAAAAUGAUAUUUCUAAACUGGUUAAAAAACAUCCUAAUAAUGUUAACUUACGUGCUUAUUUCAUUAAAUAUCUUAACCCACAAAAAGAUCCAGCAAAUAUAGCAAAUAUUUUUAAUUCUUUCUUCAUAAGCGUUGGUAAAGACCUAGCUGUAAAAUUCAGUAACAGUUUGCUUAAUUACGAUGUUGAAGUACCAAGUUGUUCUUUUAAUCAGCUCUUUCUUAAAAAGAUUGAAAAAACCGAGGUCCAAAAUAUCAUAAACAAUUUCAAAGACAGAACGGCAGCUGGUUUUGACAACAUUUCAGUUAAACUUUUAAAGCACAUAGUUCCGUAUAUUGUAGACCCUCUUAUCUAUAUACUAAAUAUAUGCCUCGAAAAGGGUGUAUUUCCAGAAAAAUUUAAACUCGCAAUCGUCAAACCACUUUAUAAAACAGGUGAUAAAAAAAAUGUGACCAACUAUAGACCGAUUUCCAUGCUUUGCAAUUUCUCAAAAAUUUUCGAAAAAAUAAUUAAAGCUAGACUUAUAACCUUUUUAGAAGCGAAUGAAUUAUUAUCUAAAAAUCAAUUUGGUUUUCGACCUGGUAGAAGUACAACUGGAGCGCUCUACGAGACGUCCAAAUUUUUAUAUAAUGAAUUAGACAAUAACAAAAAAGUAAUUGCUGUCUUCUUAGAUCUCGCGAAAGCAUUUGACACGGUUAGUCACGAGGAACUUAUUAAAAUGUUGCCUUGUUUUGGAAUAUCAAAUGAAAGUCUUAUGUGGUUCAAAAGUUAUCUAAAAAACCGUAAACAAGUUGUUUCGAUAAAUGGCGUUCAUAGCGCUGAGGGUGAAAUCGAUUACGGUGUACCGCAAGGCAGUGUUUUAGGACCCCUUUUAUUCAUUUUGUAUAUAAAUAACAUCUGUAACCUACGUAUUGACGGUCAAGUUGUAACCUAUGCUGAUGAUACCUGUUUACUUUUUUCUGGAAACUCUUGGGAUGACGUUCAUCAAAAAACGACUGUUGGAGUAAAUACUGUUUUUAAAGAACUAAAUAAUAAUAAGUUGACUUUGAAUAUAAUAUGGGGUGGGUGUUCUGAUAAUGCUAUAAAACCACUGGUGAUUCAACAAAAUCAUGCAGUAAGAUUGUGUCUAGGGAAAAAGGAGCUCUAUGGCUCGACUUCCUUAAACUAUAAAGAAAUGAGAGUCCUACCGGUCCGUUAUUUAUAUAAGCAGUUCUCCAUUCUAUUUAAAGCCGGUAAAAUUACUAUUAAAAACGUCAAUAAACGGGAGCACAGGGCUUACGAUUUGCAUACUUUAUUUGUUAACAAACAACUCAUUUACCUCGCCACAAGCUAUGCUUAA